AUGGAUGGCAAGUUUCACAUCACUUUGGUAGCGGCAAAAACCCGUGUAGCACCCAUUAAACCAGUAUCAAUUCCACGUCUGGAAUUGAACGGCGCACUACUUCUGUCGCGGUUGCUUACUAUUGUCAAAUCAUCGCUAACCAUUCCUGUUAACAACCACGAGCUGUUGGACAGAUUCGGAGAUUGUGCUCCACUGGCUAUCCGCACCACCACGGAAUUGGAACACAUACGUCUGCAACAGAACGGCGGAGAUUCUGAACGAAUACCCACGCCUAUUUCUGAGUAUCUCACAUCAACGGAACUGCAGGCAGCACGGGACCAACUCAUUCGCCAUAUCCAGCGAAAGGCUUUUCAAAGGGAAUAUACACAGCUAGAAAACGGACGCCAGCUCCAUGCAAAAUCUCCGCUGAUCCGGUUUUCUCCAUUUCUCGACCAUGAGAAACUACUCAGAGUUGGUGGACGAAUCGAGAGAUCGACUCUCAACUACAACGCUAAGCACCCGUUGCUCAUUCCAAAGAGUUCUCCAAUCGCAGAGUUACUUGUACGACAUUCUCACGUGACGAACCUACACACAGGGGUGGAUGCAACGUUCACAAAUCUUCGUCAACAGUACUGGAUCUUAGGUGCGCGCAACAUUGUCCGAAAGACUGUCUUCCAAUGCAAGCGCUGCUUCCUUCAACGCAAGGCUACAAACAACCAUAUCAUGGGAGAUCUACCUAUGCCUCGAGUUCAGGCCAGCCGCUGCUUUCAACAUACCGGCUUGGAUUAUGCCGGCCCAAUAUCAAUCAAAGAAUCUACUGGACGUACACCAAGGAUCGGAAAGGCAUGGUUCGCUAUAUUCGUAUGUCUAACAACAAAGGCGAUCCACGUCGAAGCAGUCACCGAUCUAACAACCAAUGCGUUCAUCGCAGCGUUUCAACGAUUCAUUGCUCGCCGCUCUAAGCCGACUGAUCUCUACUCAGACAACGGAACAACGUUUCAUGGCAGCAAACGAGUACUGGAGGAGAUGAGGCUACUCGCCAUAAAGCACAGCAAGGAUGAAUAUCUAUCCAAUUAUUUCGCCAACGAACGAAUCUUGUGGCACUUCAUACCGCCUUCGGCACCACAUUUCGGCGGAAUAUGGGAGUCUGGAGUUCGGUCCAUCAAGCUACAUAUGAAACGGGUAAUGGGAUCGACAGCCCUAACCUUCGAGGAACUUUCUACAGUGUUGAUUCAGAUUGAAGCCCUACUUAACUCUCGCCCUCUUUGCUCAUCCGGGGAUACAACCCUCGAUUCACUCACACCAGCCCAUUUCCUGACUGGCGCUCCCUAUACUGCUAUACCGGAACCAUCCCGCCUUGAUGUUCCCAUCAACCGCUUGGAACGAUGGACUUAA